CCUUCGCUUUGGCCACACUGCUCGGCGACCAACCAAAUUGCAUUAGAUUUUAAAAAGUUUCAUUUACUUAAUUGGAGCAUUAGUCAGCCGCUUCUGGGAAUUCCGACGAAGGCAGGUCAAGGGUCAAUGCGCAGUCAGCCACAGAGGUUGACUCCAGAAACAAAAGCCAAAACAGCUGUUUUGCCGCUGGCAAUCCGGAUGCCAAACUGGCACACACGGGGAGCAGUAUGCGCCGCAACAACUACCCAUAUCAGCCCCUGAACCAGCAGCCAUCGGGAUCCCAUCCUGCGGCGAGUCACGAUUCCCUGGAGGCGGAGAACGAACAGGCGGCGGAGGAGCUGAAACAGAAGAUCGGGGCCCUGAAGUCCCUCACCAUCGACAUAGGCAAUGAGGUGCGCUACCAGGACAAGCUGCUGCGCGGGAUCGACGACGACAUGGACCGCACAAGCGGGUUCCUGGGCAACACGAUGACGCGAGUGAUGCGACUGGCCAAGCAGGGCGGUGGAGCCCGCCAGAUGUGCUACAUGUUUCUCUUCGUCCUCUUCGUUUUCUUCAUCCUCUGGCUGACCCUCAAGUUCAAGUAGUUGUUGCUAAUUUUUGUAAAAUAUAUACCAACUGAUUUGUAUUGUUUAGGGUAGAUAGUUGAACUUUUUCUGGAAUGUCCACAUUUUGAUUAGUUGUUUUUUGAUUAAGCCCAAGAUUGUAAAGCAGCUCCAAAGGACAGAAGGAAACUUUAAAUAUGAAAAAGAAUUAUUCUGAAAUUGAGCCAAACCCGUGACAACUAUCUGCAUAAGUUUGCAGAGUUACGUUCUAAAAGUUGCUUCUAAAUUUUAAGAAAUGAACUGAUUUAAUCAAUUUUCCUAAAUAUGAGGUAGAGCUUUGAGCUAAAUGAUUUAAGAGCAGGGUUACGAUUUUAAAAUAUUAAAUUUGUAGUCUUUAAAAAAACUUUAACCCUAUCAAUCACUUUUAGGUGAUAAGCCUUAAAAUGUAGCUUCGCUAUCAUUAGAGGGCAAAAGUCAUUCUGGGUGAAUAUGAUAAAAAGCUUUCCCGAACCAAGUUCCAUA